CUCAUUAUCCUUUCUCACUGAGUGCACGUUCAUACAGCAGUCUGUUCAUCUCUCUCUCUCUCUGUCAUAGAGAAAAGUACCUAGUCACUUAGUAGCGUAGCUAACACCUUGACAAGAAAACCUCACCCAAAUUAAUUAAGCUUGACCCUGCUGUCUCUGUGAAACACUAACUCCUUGACAAACAAACCUUACCAAUCUUGGAUGAGCAUUACAGGUCACAUGGGACUAAUUAUAUUUAUCUUGGUUUAAAUUACUGUCAGGACAAAGAGGCCUUACCAUAAGUAUUAUUCUCUUUCUGGGUCUGCAUUUUCUUUUUUUCUCUCCUAGUGAGUCUAUCAAAGAAAGAAGAAAAAAGGGAGAGAGGGGCAGUUUCUGCCAUGGAAAUUCUCGACAAAGAGACAAGAUGGACAGAGCCCAUUUCAGCAAUGAGACACAGACUCUGCAAGAACCUUAAGAGUGCUUUUCUUUUCCCUUUUUAGUAUCUAUCCCCAUUCUCUUUUCAGGCUUCAUCCAAUAUAAACUUAGUGUCCCCCUUUUUCCCUUUUUCUCUCUUCUUCAUUUUUUUCUCUUUCGAGAAACGCAUGCUAAUUUUGUGAUAACGUCAUCUUCUAAACUCUCUCUUUAGUCUUUACAACCUCAAAUAAAAAAAAAAAACACUAAUUUCCAAUUCUCUUACAAGCUUAUGUUUCUUUUUCUUCUCUCCUUGGUUUUCUAGCAUUCUCAUAUAUAAUUACCUAAUUAGUAUAAAUAUAUUGCUAGUUUCCAGAAGGGUGGGUUUUUUCCCUUAAAAAAAAAAGGAUCUUUUUCUUUAGCCACCAUUAUUAUUUUAUUUUUUCUAAAAGGAAAUUAUCUGGGUAUUUUAGCGAUGUACAUAUUGUUUAUUUUUUUUAUUACUAUUGUUUGUACCAUCAUAAUUGAAACCCCGUUCUUGAUGCAUCAUUUCUAGCAUUCACCAACACAAGACAACAUCAUUAGCACAAACCUCGAGUUGUCCGUUUCUUGAGACCUGCACAACCAACAUAGGGCUAAGUUCCUCCAACUUCCUCUUGGUUUUUAUCAAACAAAUAUUUAUACAAACUCUCAUGAUCACUUAUUUUUCACCUCCACCUCCUCCCCCUCCUCCAUCUUUUUCUUUAAUUUAUCCCUAUAAAAAUUAAUCAUUGUAAGUGAAACACUGUUCUCUUCUUGUUUUCCCACCACACGCUAAUUUCUUUGCAUAGAUAAUUACCAUAUGGUGUGACUGUUGCUCACCACCAAAUGAGUUGAUGAUUAUUCUUGAUAACACUUGUCACCUUUCUCUUUGGAUGUCCCAGCUGCUAUGAUGGAGUCAAUGGAAUCGUGUGUCCCACCUGGAUUCCGGUUUCAUCCCACGGACGAGGAGCUCGUUGGAUAUUAUUUGCGAAAGAAAGUAGCGUCGCAGAAGAUUGAUCUUGAUGUUAUUAGAGAUAUUGAUCUGUACAGGAUUGAACCAUGGGAUCUACAAGAGAGAUGCAGGAUCGGAUAUGAAGAGCAGAACGAGUGGUAUUUCUUUAGCCACAAGGACAAGAAGUAUCCGACGGGGACGAGGACUAAUAGAGCUACCAUGGCUGGGUUCUGGAAGGCAACAGGGCGAGACAAGGCAGUUUAUGACAAAACAAAACUGAUUGGCAUGAGGAAAACUCUUGUUUUCUACAAAGGAAGAGCACCAAAUGGCCAGAAAAGUGACUGGAUCAUGCAUGAAUACAGGCUUGAAUCCGACGAGAAUGGUCCUCCACAGGAAGAAGGAUGGGUAGUUUGUCGCGCUUUCAAGAAGCGAACAACUGGGCAAAACAAGAACAUUGAAGGGUGGGAUUCAAGCUACUUCUAUGAUGAAUCAAGUGUAGUUAGCUCAGUAAUUGAUCCAAUUGAUUAUAUAUCGAGGCAGCCUCAGAAUUUCUUGGCACAGAAUUUCUUGUGCAAGCAAGAACUAGAAGCAGAUAACUUAAGUUUUAUGAACUGUGAAAAUUUUGUACAGCUUCCUCAGUUAGCCAGCCCAUCUCUGCCAUUGAUAAAGAGGCCAAGUUCGAUGUCUCUUAUAUUGGAGAACAAUAAUAACAAUAGCAAUAACAAUGAAGAAGAAGAGCAAGCUAGAGGAUGCAACGUGAACAGUAACAAGAAGAAAGUAACUGACUGGAGAGCCCUUGACAAGUUUGUAGCUUCUCAAUUGAGUCAAGAAGACAAAUACGAUGGUGACAAUGCAGUUUCAAGCUUUGGAGGAGAAUAUGGUUCAGACAUGUCAUUGCUGUUAUUGCAGAGUGGUAGAGAUGACGAGAACAAGUUCAAUGGAUUUUUAACUUCAAGCUCUGACGACUGUGAUAUUGGAAUAUGCAUAUUUGAGAAAUGAAGCAAGAAGAGGGAGUUCAUAAGAAAAAAAGAAAACAAGCUUCUAUUUGUACUAGUAUAAUUAAUUAUAUAUUCUUGUAAAAAUGCGGUUGUGCAUGAGUGGUCAAUUAAUCUAUAUUCUCCCUUCUCUCC